UAAACAUCAUCGGAUCCUAAAUUGCCUAGCGGGACAUUCCGAGUCGGUUAUAACUUAUAUAGGCCUUCCCCGUGGCGUGGCAGAAGAGUAGAAGAACGAGCACCCAGAAAAUGGCGCCAAAGGCAAAGAAGAGUCGAGCACCCACUUCCGAUCCAAAUGGAAUGUUCGCUGGAAUGGUCGUUUUCUUGGUCGAGUAUGGAGUCCAGACUCGUCGACUAGAGAUUUGGAAGCAGAAACUGGUGCAAAUGGGGGCUACUAUUGCAGACCGUCUUUCGAAGAGGGUGUCUCAUGUUUUUGCUGUGAAUAGGGAUGCCCUUCUCCGACAAGUUGGUCGUGAGCAUUUGGAGCGCUUCCAAGGAAAUGUGCUACAAUACCAGUGGCUAGAGGAUAGUUUGAGAUUAGGAGAGAAGAUAUCUGAGGACUCAUACAAUCUAAAAUUUGAUUCAGAAGUACAAGAUGGACCAGGAAACACUUCAGAAAUUUUUCCUCAACCAUCACAGUUAAACAAUUCCCGUGAAGAUGGAGCACCACAAAACAAAAGGAUGAAAUCCUCUCCAGAGAAAAAUAUGAAUGAGGAAAGCAGGGAAAACAAAAGAAAUAGCACUGCACAUGAGACAUCUGAUACUGUCCAAGGUUCUGAUGAAUCAUUCCGCACUCCAAGCCCAGAAAAUUCUGGUUCAAAUACCCUUGGUGAUCCAAAUAAGGCUGUGGGCACAUUGGACUCAUCCUUGCCAUAUAGUCCUCCUGACUUGAACAAGAAUAUCACUGAGAUAUUUGGGAAGCUUAUUAACAUAUACAGAGCGCUGGGUGAUGACAGGAGAUCAUUUAGCUAUCACAAGGCUAUAGGAGUUAUCGAAAAGUUGCCUUUUAAAAUUGAAAGUGCAGACCAGGUCAAGGACCUGCCUACAAUUGGAAAAUCAAUGCAGGAUCAUAUUCAAGAGAUAGUGACUACCGGAAAGUUAUCGAAGUUAGAGCACUUUGAGACAGAUGAAAAGGUACGAACAAUAAAUUUAUUUGGGGAAGUAUGGGGUAUUGGUCCGGCCACUGCACUGAAACUAUAUGAGAAAGGAUACCGUACGCUAGAUGAUCUGAAGAAUGAGGAUUCACUAACAAACGCACAGAAGUUAGGGUUGAAAUAUUUUGAUGAUAUCAAGAAGAGGGUUCCACGCCAUGAGGUCCAAGAGAUGGAACUUCUUUUGCAGAAAGCUGGAGAAGAGGUUUUGCCUGGGGUGUCUAUUGUAUGUGGAGGAUCCUAUAGACGAGGAAAAGCUUCCUGUGGAGAUUUGGAUAUUAUAAUUACACAUCCUGAUGGAAAAAGUCACAGAGGAUUUUUACCAAGAUAUGUAAAGCACUUGAAGGAUAUGAAGUUUUUACGAGAAGAUUUGAUAUUCAGUACUCACAGUGAAGAGGGUACUGAUUCAGGUGUUGACACUUAUUUUGGUCUUUGCACAUAUCCUGCUCGAGAACUGCGACAUCGCAUAGAUUUGAAGGUAUACCCGAGAAACAUCUAUGCAUUUGGACUAAUAGCUUGGACUGGGAAUGAUGUAUUAAAUAGGAGGUUAAGAAUACUCGCAGAAUCCAAAGGAUACCGGCUUGACGAUACAGGGCUGUUUCUGGCUACUCAGGGUUCAGGUGGUAAACGGGGAUCAAGAGCUACUACAAGUUUAAGUUUUAGGACGGAACAAGAAGUGUUUGAGUUCCUGGGAUUCCCUUGGCUUGAACCACAUGAAAGAAAUCUGUGAAAGUGAAUACCCAAAGUGUACAUACCGUACAUAAACUUGCUUCGUUCAGGAGCUGAAGACUUUUUGUCAUGACACACGAGAGAGCUAACCUUAGAGGAGAGACUUGGCAGCUCGAAAUGAAUAGAGAAAAAGUCCCUGGCAGGGGUAGCCUUACACAUUUCUUGGUGGCAGCGUAGUUUUUGAGAAGUUAUGAAUAUCAUGAAUUUUGUAAAUAAGUUCUGGAUUUGUGUGUGUUCUCCCCAAUAAUUUCAAACAAAACUUAAUACGGCUUUUGUUGCAGCA